CAGGACGGACCUCGCCUGCGCGCAAUGGUCCCCGCUCUUCCACGGCAAGGCCCGCCCCUUCCGCCUCGCUGGGCGGAGCUUGGAGCGUCCGGAGUGGAGAUGGCGCCCGCGGGGGCCCGGAGGACCCGGCGCGCGGUCCGGUUCGCGCCGCCGGCUGAGAACUGGUGGUGGGAUCGGCUGGCGCCGAGCGGCUCCGGAUACCAUUUGCUGCAAUCGGACAGCAUGCUGCUGGUGAUUCCAGGCCCGGGGCCCGCCCGUCCUCGCGGGCAGAGGCGCGCUGCCCGCCGCGCUAAGCGGCUGCGACCCCCAGGGUCCCGCGCCGCCGAGACCAAGGCCAAGCCCGGGGCCUCGCCUGCGCCCGCGCCCGCCCCCGCGCCCGCGCCGCAGCAGGUGCCCGACCCGGGCUGGGGCGACCGCAUUCCCUUGGAAAUCCUGUUGCAGAUUUUCGGCCUGCUGGUGGUGGACGGGCCCAUGCCCUUCCUCGGCAGGGCUGCACGUGUGUGCCGCCGCUGGCAUGAGGCCGCCUCCCAUCCCGUUCUCUGGCACACCCUGACCCUCUCACCCCCGCUGGCUGGCCGCCGGGCCAAGAGCGGAGCCAAGGCGGAGAAGAAGCUCCUGGCUUCCCUGCAGUGGCUUAUGCCAAAUCGGUUCUCACAGCUCCAGAGGCUGACUCUCAUCCACUGGAAGUCCCAGGUGCACUCUGUGUUGAAGCUGGUUAGCGAGUUCUGUCCCCGGCUCGCCUUCCUCAGGCUUUCUGACUGCCACGGUGUGACCCCUGACACUCUGAUCAUGCUAGCCAGAGCCUGCCCCCAGCUCCACAGCCUGGAUUUACAGCACUCCAUGGUGGAGUCCACGGCUGUUGUAAGCUUCUUGGAGGAGGCGGGACCCCGGAUGCGGAAGCUGUGGCUGACCUACGGCUCUCAGACAACAGCUAUCUUGGGUGCACUGCUGGGCAGCUGCCCACAGCUCCAGGUCCUGGAGGUGAGCACUGGCAUCAAUGACAACCACACUGCCCUCCAGCUGCCUGUCGAGGCUCUGCAGAGAGGCUGCCCCCGGCUGCAGGUGCUGCGGUUGCUGAACCUGAUGUGGCUGCCCAAGCCUUCCGGACGAGCUGUGACUCCUGGCCCAGGCUUCCCCAGCCUUGAGGAGCUCUGCCUCGCCAGCUCCACCUGCAACUUUGUGACCAAUGAGGUCCUGGAUCGCCUGCUCCAUGGCUCCCCUAACCUGCGCUUGCUGGAUCUUCGUGGCUGUCUUCGAGUUACACCUGCUGGCCUGUGUGAGCUGCCAUGUCAGGAGCUGGAGGAGCUUCACCUGGGCCUGUAUGGCAUGUCGGAUCGGCUGACUUUAGCAAAGGAGGGCAGCCCUCUGUUGACCCAGAAGUGGGGUCACACUCUGCGGGAACUGGACUUGUGUGGCCAGGGCUUCAGCGAGAAGGACCUGGAGCAGGCCUUAGCUGCCUUCUCAGGCACCUCUGUGGGUUCACAUCUGGCCCUGUGCUCCCUCAACCUCAGGGGCACCCGGGUCACACCAAGCACAGUCAGCUCAGUGAUCAGCAACUGCCCAGGUCUGCGGUACCUCAACCUGGAGUCCUGCCGCUGCCUUCCGAGGGGCCUGAAACGGGCCUACAGGGGCCCAGAGGAAAUCCGGUGGUGCCUGGAGCAACUGCUCACCAGCCUACCCGCUCCAAGCUAGGCAGCUCCAGGCAGCCCUGCCGGCCCACCUUCCCAUUUGGGAAGUCUGAGCACUUGGUUACAAGAAAACAUUUUAGGAGUUCCCGUCGUGGCGCAGUGGUUAACGAAUCUGACGAGGAACCGUGAGGUUGCGGGCUCCAUCCCUGGCCUUGCUCAGUGGGUAAAGGAUCUGGCGUUGCCGUGAGCUGUGGUGUAGGUUGCAGGCGCGGCUCGGAUCCUGCCUCGCUGUGGUGUAGGCUGGCAACUGCAGCUCUGAUUAGACCCCUAGCCUGGGAACCCCCAUAUGCCACAAGUGUGGCCCUAUAAAAGACAAAAAGUAAAAAGCAAAAAUAAAACAUUUUUAGG